UGUUGCCAAGGUAACACUUUGAGAUUUUAGCAAGAAUAAGGAGUCAGAAGUGAUACGUUUUUCGUGAAAUAACCAUGUUUAGCAGUUAUUUUUCCGUGAUCCUGGUAUUUAUAUUGCCAUCUUCAGUGCUUAAUUUUUCUUUUUUGUACAUCAUACUAACAAGACAACAUCUCCAGACGGUUCCAAAUCUGUACCUUGUAUCUAUUUUGAUAGCAAACAUUAUUUCAGCAAUAUCCGUAACUGUGCAAAUGUCAGUUUAUAUAUUUUCUCCCGAAAUAGAAAAUGUUUACUUUUUUUGUUCAAUUAUGGAAUUAAUUGAUAAAUGUCUGCAUGUUGCUACCUCAGGAUGUUUAAUUUGCAUGGCCAAUGAACGAUUCAAAUACUUUGUGAAGACAACAACAUAUAUUCCCAGUCACAGCGAUACAAAGAAAUCAAUCGUCUUAAUAUGGUUUAUAUCAGUUCUGUACUGUAUUUUAUCGUUUCUACUUAUUUACAUGGUUGGACGAACGUCUGUUUCCAUAGACACUAACUCGUCAUGUGACCACCAGCUCAAUGUCGGCGAUAUUAUUAUUUUUGCAUUAGACUUGAUUGGUAUUCAAAUAACAACGGUGGUAUUCUUUGUUAUACAGUAUGCAAGAAUAAUACAAAAGCUAUGGUGCAAUCCAUACUCAAAUAUCAUUCUUCACUACAAAAGAAAGAAGUCCGUGUAUAUGCUUCUUGGUAUAUCUAUAGCAACAUGGUGUAUGAUGGCAAUCGUUGACAUUACGAAGAAAGUAAACAUGUUUUCCGUUCUCACCAAAGUUGAAUUUGUCAUCCUACUCAUACAAACGCUUAGUUUAUUUGUUCUUCCGGUUGUAUAUAUUAUUUUCUCUGAACAAACAAAACGUGAGUAUAGGAGUAUGCUAAAGCUCUGUACGUCUAACAGAGUAGAGAAUGCUCCGAUAUGUGACCCAAAUACAUUCUUUGACCCCAAUGAGCAGUAUUUUUCCGAAAUGUAAUUAGAUUGUUCAUCUCAAGAGAAUAAAUGUAAUUUGGAUUGGUCAUUUCAAGAGAAUAAAUGUAAAUUGGAUUGGUCAUUUCAAGAGAAUAAAUGUAAAUUUCUUCUUUAUAAGACAUGAACUGGUGGAACAUUUAUGGAUAAUGAAGUUUGAAUCAAGAGAAUACAAAACUAGUCUGUUCUAGUAAGGGAUAUGUUUGUGUAUAUUCCUGACAACAGACGGAAUGGGCUCUUGAUAUAUCCCAGACAACAGACGGAAUGGGCUCUUGAUAUAUCCCAGACAACAGACGGAAUGGGCUCUUGAAAUAUCCCAGACAACAGACGGAAUGGGCUCUUGAUAUAUUCCAGACAACAGACGGAAUGGGCUCUUGAUAUAUCCCAGACAACAGACGGAAUGGGCUCUUGAUAUAUCCCAGACAACCGACGGAAUGGGCUCUUGAAAUAUCUCUGACAACAGACGGAAUGGGCUCUUGAUAUAUCCCAGACAACAGACGGAAUGGGCUCUUGAUAUAUUCCAGACAACAGACGGAAUGGGCUCUUGAUAUAUCCCAGACAACAGACGGAAUGGGCUCUUGAUAUAUCCCAGACAACAGACGGAAUGGGCUCUUGAUAUAUUCCAGACAACAGACGGAAUGGGCUCUUGAUAUAUCCCAGACAACCGACGGAAUGGGCUCUUGAAAUAUCUCUGACAACAGACGGAAUGGGCUCUUGAUAUAUCCCAGACA